UUUUGUGCUGUUUCAUACUCAGACAGUCUGCAAGUCUCCUCUCUGCUCUCAUGCCCUCGCUCUGACUCGACACUUAAGCUCACAUCAGAUGAUACAGUGUGUGUGUGAGUAUGUGGAUGUGACAGUGGUUCGGUUGGGUGUUUCUCUUUAAUUCUGCGGCAGCUCCCUCUCUGAGUGCGGGCCUGCUGCUGCUGCUGCUGCUUGUGGAGGGCGGGCCGUGGACACAACAAUGAGCACAUUUUGGACCGUAAACUAACUGAUGCGACACACACGGAGCGAAGACCGUUCUGGGGAUCCUGCAAGCAACUCGCCUCACAUGGUUUGCAUUGAUUGGAUAUGGGAAUGGCAUGCGGUGCUCUAAGUUUAACACGGUGUGCUGUCUAGAAACUGACCUCGGGUAAACCCUCUGAGGCUCGGAGGACUUUGGAGAGAUCCUGCAGAGGUUUUUGGCGCAGCACGAGAACUCAACGCACAUGGGGAUGAUCUCCACAACCAUCAAACCGACAGCACAAUAACUGAAUUUUAUGCACUAAAAGGAUACAUAGGUAGCCGCUGAGCCCUUGUGCAUCGGUCCAAGAUGAUGUCACUGAUAGAUCUGGAUGAUGAGCAGCGAUGGGUGCCCACUCACGUGAAUGUCACCGUCCUCCGCGCGAGAGGACUGCGGACCAAGGGCAAGCACGGCAGCCGCUACCUCUACACCAUCAUCCAGGUGGGGAAGGAGAAGUACACCACCGGGCUGGUGGAGAAGGCAGAGAUGCCCGAGUGGAACGAGGAGUGCUGCUUCGAGCUGCUCCAGGGGAUCCUGGAGGAUGGCGGCCGGGGCUCGUACCCCCCGGGGAGCGGAGACCUGGUCCUCACUGUCAUGCAUCGAGUUCUCAUCGGUCUGGACGUGUUUCUCGGGCAAACCAUCAUUCCUCUGGAUAAGAUCUUUCAGGAGGCGAUGUGUCCUAGAGAUGAGUGGUUUAAGCUCAACUCUAAGGUUGGAAGAAAGGAGAAGGAACGUGGUGAACUUCAGGUAACGGUCCAGUUCACCCGCAACAACAUGACAGCCAGUAUGUUUGACCUCACCAUGAAGGACAAAACGCGCUCUGCUUUUGGCAAGCUCAAGGAUCGUGUCACCGGGAGGAAGAGAGGGGACAUGGAGUCCUCCUCGGCCAUAGUGCCCGGCCGUUAUGCAGCCCUGUCAGGAUCUGUGGGGCAGCCGUUUGGGGAGGAGGGGGGAGGGCCCGUGCAACCACGAGAAGUGGAGGUAGCAGAAGAAAAGAGGAGCAAGGUGAAAGAUUUUUUUAAAGGAAGGCUGCGAAAGUCAUCUGACACCAGGUCAUGCUCGUCGAUAGCUUCGGACAGUAGUGUGUCUUCUAUGGCCAGCGAGAACCCCGUCCCUCCACCAAGCCUGGACCUGAUGUCAGACCCUCCAAGCUCUCCCAUCUACAGUAGCAAAGUGAGAAUGGACACCCACUAUGGAGAGACAGAUUUAGCUAAAAAAGUACUAACAAGCCAGCACACCACAAGGGUUCUAACACAUAAGCGAGCCUUUAGCGAUGAAGCUAGCAAGAUCACAACAGCCUUCCCCCGAAGCAACCCGGCACUGGAGUCUCUCAAGGGUCAGACCAUGACUCAGUCCAAGUCUUCCUUGUGUAUAAAUGGGAGCCACGUCUAUGACUCUGAACCAUCCACACCAAGGAUCUCAGGAGCUCACCCAUCCAAGCUGGUCCUGCUGGAGAAGUGCUCCCCGCUCUCUCGCUCCCUGCAGAACAUCACCAAAAGAAGUGAAGAUAAAGGUUCCUUCUCGGAGGGCCGACGCUGGUCAUUUGACAAGGUGAAGAAAGAUGAAAAAGAGGAAGAAAAGGAAGCUCAGGCGUCAUCUCCGUCAGGUCAACAAGCUCAGACAGGUGCAAUGCCAUCUAUCUCAUCUGCUGGUAGUUCACCUGAGAAAGGAAGGAAGCUGAGAAUGACGUUAUUCUCUUCAGGAAGGAGUGAUUCCCUCCCAGCUAAGUCUGACUUGAACCAGCCUUCUUCAACAUCUGAGGGGCGGCUCAGGGGCUGGUUUGGCUCAGGUGACUCCCAGAACAAGCCGAGGCUGGAAGUUUCUCCUAAGGUAGAAAGCAGCUCAGACGUACCCCCGCCCCUUCCUCCUCGCUCCCCUGUCCCCCCUCAGAACUCCUCUCCUCCCUCUGCUUCCCCCUCUGGUCAUGUCUCACCUGACGACUACAAUCACACCAAUCCCUUCACCCCCUCUCCUGCCUCAACCCCAAUCUCCCCAUCCAAUCCUUUCCCCUCACAUCGCAACCCCUUUUUUGAGGAGCUCAUAGCUGAGGAGUCGUUGAAGUCUCCCACAUUUGCAUCUUCCUACUCUCCUAGCUCAUCCCCCUUACAUUACACAACUGUGCCAUCCCAGCCCUGCACAUCCAGCCCUGCUCACAGUGUAUAUGCUACAAAUUCCAUAAAGCGGGAGCGCCCACGGCCGGUAGCUAGACAGAUAUCCCUCCCUGCAAUCUUACCCAAAACAGGCAAUCCUAACUCGUCGUACUACUCUGCUCCUUGCUCCAUGUCGCAGAGUUCAGGAGAAUGGGAAGACUCCUUCGAUGCCUUUGCCUCAAGCAGGCUCAACUCACCAAAAGGGAGUCUUCCUCAGUCGAGAAGCAAUCCAACUUCCUCUCGCACUUGUAGUUAUCCUCCAAUAAACACCAAAAGUCUUGCACAAGAACUGCAAGCAUGCAAAGAGGAGCCUCCACCUUUGCCACCAAGGAGACUUUUACGAAACUCAGUGAACGAGAUCUACUCGGAUGGCUGGCUGCACAGAGGGCAAGAGCUAGCUGUCCACAAAGAAGCCUACCUUCUGUCUCAGACUGGCGUGGCCUCACUGCAACGAGGAAGGGAAGGAGAAUCAAAGAGAAACAGUAUAUCUCCGGACCCUCAUGCGAGCAGUGAGACCUCAGACUCCCCUACUGUGCAUUCCCAACCUUACACUAAUGUUACUCCACCCGGAUUGGUGUUGGAUGAGAAGCUCAAGAAGUUCAAAUAUGAACCUUUGGAGGAUGACGCUGACUGCUGGGGAGGGAUGUUGUUUGAGCAAGACCUGUAUGGACGUGUAUGUCGAGGAAGUUACGGACAACCCAAAGUAAAGAGUCAUUUUUUAUCGUUGACUGCUGGAGAGGCUAGAAGCAAGAUCACGUCACCAAAGCUUCUUGAUGGUGAGAUACCUGCAGCAGAACUUUCAAACUUUUCAUCAUCAAAGCCAGAGGGAAAGAUAGAAGGCAUUAAACCCACUUCAGUAGAGGAGAAAGAAUCUGAUUCACCUGAACCUGAAUUCAUCAACAAUAAUGUGUCCUUCUCACUUACCUUAGGAGAUCUUAACAUGAAUGUGAAUAAUUCAGAUUUCGGUUUCAUUGAUUCGGAUGGUUCUUCUCAGUCAGAGAUACUUGAUACUCUCAAAGGCAUCCACACUUUCACACAGCUGCCAGAAGAUUCACAGAUAACUUCUUACCAUUCAGAAACAGAGACCACACCAGAGGAUAUGUUCACUCUGAAGGACACCUACAUUCCUGAGAUGAACUCUUCCUUUGAAAUACCUGCAUCAUCCAACAAACUUUGCAAAGUAUCGUCGGUUUGCCAAGACAAUUGCCAAGAUUGCAGACAGAGUAACACAGCACCGCUCACUAAAUCCAGGGUCACCACCGAGAAGAACGACUCUGUGGCGUCACGAACGCAGGCAUCUAAUCCAGCCGACCUUGAAACCGAAUCAAAACAAGGAAGUGAUUGUACAAAGACACAAAAAGACAUUGAUGAUAAUGGAAACCCACAAGGUAUCCAGAAAGAGUCAUUCUCUGGUGUGGUCAGUGCACGUCUGAGACCAAAAGGGAUGUUCCAACCGAACAGCCAUGGCAGCCCAAUCCCCAAAGGCAUCAGUAGUGACAGAGAGUUUGAACAGUUGUUGUCCCUUGUUCAAAAUAUUUCUCGAGUCGGCGAAGGACCGUUGUCUUAUCAACCCACCAAAUCAGCUCUUUCAAGCUUACUUUCAUUUAGUAAAAAUACAGAUUUGCAAGGAGAAAGCACCAACAAAGAGCAAGCAAAUCACACUGAACCCAACAAAAAAUCUCUUGUAUCUUCAAAAGACAAUUUAAUGCAUCAAAAUUGUGUAGAAGGAAAAUCCCUCACCAUCAGUUUUGAAGACCUUCACGCAAAAGUAGCCCCAAACUCCAAAACCCUUUUAAAGACAAAGAUUGGGCAAUCUUUGCAAAAUCCUGAACUCUCCUCUCUCUCCACCCCUUGUGCACUCUCCCUGUCAGCUGAUGCGCAAGUUACACACCCCCCUUCCCCUGUCUGUUGCCCCUCCAUGCAUUCUACAAACACGGGGCCCAGUGCUGGAGCUGGCACUACUGUGGCCGUGGCCCCCUACACUACCUCCUCUUCCUCCUACUCCACCACCUCCACCACAGACCAGCCCCUGGUCGAUGCACGGCACUCACUUUUGCCUGAGGAGACUCAGCCAGCUAGCAACCUGCCCCAUCAGGAGAGCAGACCUCACCCAGUGAAACCAUUAACCUCCAGCCAAUCAGAGAAGAAGGAGGGUCGUUCAGUGUUGGAGAAACUGAAAUCUACCAUACACCCUGGACGCAUCGCCGCUCAACAGGCUGCGGCAGAACCUGAGAGGAGUCAGGAGGUGAUGGUGGACAACUCGGCACAGUACCAGCACCUCACCAACAUGGAGCUGAUCUCCCUGCUGCUGCAGCAGGAGAUGGACAUGCAGAAACAGCAGGUUGCCUCCGAGCGGCAGGAGGCUCAGCUGCACAAAUGUGAGGCUGAGCUGAAAAAGGUCAAGUCACAGGUUCGAGACCUGGAGGACUACAUUGAUAAUCUUUUACUGCGGAUCAUGGAGCAAACUCCUACGCUGCUUCAAGUGCGCACCAGGCACAAGUGAAGACAGUGCUGGUGUGUGUAUGCUGUUUGGCACAUGCACCAUUUCCACAUGAAACAUAAUUAAUAUUCUAAGAUGAAAAUCACGGAUCUAGAGACAGAAACAAAACAGUCCAGGUCUUCUCACUGCUAAUACUGCCCUGUUGAUGUAGACACGAUAUUAUACAACAUGCAUGCUGGUUGGUCUCAGAAUUUGGCACUAACACAGAAGAACAGAGUAAAAGAGAAAAGGCUUCAAUCAAAGCAGAUUCAAAUGAUUAUUUCAUCAAUGCUUCAUAGAGUAAUCUAAGGUAGUCAGCUGUUGUCAGUAUAAACUUUAAAACUACUUUCACGCGUGCAUAAAAAGUCGUCUUGGAAAAACUCUUUUUUUGAAAAUGCAUUUAUUGUGCUUCUCUGGCUCUAUAUGAAAUUAGCUCAAGUAAACCUAAAAGUUGCAUCUGUUGCUCUGAAACAAAAAUUUUGACAUUUUCAACCCUAACAAUUUUAUGAAAUGCUCAGAGCACAAAGGUUAACUUGAGUUAAUGACAUAUUUGCAAGUAGAAAUAAAGAAAUGCAACAAAAAAUAGUAACACAUCAUAAAAAGCUGUGCCGCAAUAAAAUAUAUUUCUGCAUUAACAUUGCUGUAUUAUAAAAACUGUGUUCAUGUUUGUGUGCAAUAAGACUUAAAGAGGACAAAGACUUACUAUUUUGCUUUUUGUCUCUGACUAUUUGUUUUAAUUUUUACAAAAUAAUAUAUUCAC